AAGGGAAGCGGCGCAUACAUCACACACUUAUGAAGGGGCGUCGAUUGUUAACUUAAAAACAGAAAUGGCGAGGUCCAUAAACGGCUGUAAACACUGUGACUGAACAUGUAACGACGACCAGCUGCUUGUGAUGUCGAAGGACAUCCAGUGGAACCUCAGACAAUGUCAGGCAACGGAAAAGUCAUCCCCAACACCCCGCUGGCCGUGGACUUCUGGCACGUGCGGAAGUGUCCGGGCACACGGCUGUUUUUCUUGUCCCACAUGCACAGCGACCACACGGUGGGUUUGUCCUCCACCUGGAGCAACUGGCCCAUCUACUGCUCACCAACCACCGCCGCUCUGCUCAGACUCAAACUGCAGGUGAAAGAACAGUGGAUCCAUCCACUAGAGCUAGAUGAGCCUUACCUGUUUCCACUGGAUGACAUCGGCAAGGAGAGGCUGGCAGUCACACUGAUGGAUGCCAACCAUUGUCCGGGGGCUGUCAUGUUUCUCUUCGAAGGCUACUUUGGCUCUAUACUUUACACUGGUGACUUCAGAUAUACUCCCUCCAUGUUGCGUGAGCCGUGCCUGAGGACCAACACCACUAUAGAUGUCCUGUACCUAGACAACACCAACUGUGAUCCCAACCGCACCCUCCCCUCCAGACAGCGAGCCACUCAACAAAUCAAAGAGAUCAUCCGCAGACACGCCAACCACAAUGUUGUCAUAGGUCUCUACGCACUUGGAAAGGAGUCCCUGCUGUUGGAGCUGGCGAUGGAGUUUAAGACCUGGAUCGAGGUGUGCUUUGAGAGGAUGGAGACCCUCAAAGCGCUGGAGCUGCCUGACGUCUUCACCACUGACCCAGGAGCCGGUCGUAUCCGAGUAGUGCAACAGUCAGAGAUUUGCUCUGCCACUUUAAACCAGUGGAACAAAGAACAACCCACUUUGGCCAUCAUUCCCACCAGCAGGCCCCUGGUCUCUUUUCACCCCAACGUCCAUGUGGUGCCGUACUCCGACCACUCCUCUUACCAAGAGCUGGAGGAUUUUGUCUCUGCACUUAAACCUACCUCCCUUGUACCCAUUGUAGGAAACCAUGUACCCGGAAGUUUCUUUGCCUUACUGCCCACCAAAAAGCGCCAUGAAAUCCUGGUGCCCGAGUCCGUCCGACACUACAUGUUGAGACAGCCUGAGAGCCAACUCGGCUCCUCCGCAUACACCAGCCUUCGCCGCAGACGUUGCCAACCUCUUGUUCCCAAAGGGGUGGUAUUUGAGUCUCCUGAAAGGGGAUCCAAGAAGCCAUGCGAAGAAACCUGGGAGGCAGAGUGCCUGGAGCAGGAUGCUUCUGAGGAUGAGAUGGACACAGAAAGUGGUGAAAAGGACUCCGACUGCAUCCUUGUUGACCUGAGCAAGGACCUCACCCCUAACAAAAACAGAAGAGGGACUGGAGAUUUGUGGAGCCUCAAUAUCGUCCAAACAGUGUCUGAAGAUAUGGUGAUGGCUGAGUCGGUGCCUCUCAGUCAACUCAGCCAGAGCAACUUUGCUCCAGUGGUGAUCCGGACCAACACCAAGGCCUGCUUGAAGUCUGUCAGGAGGACAAAAGGGCCUUUUGAAACCAAUGCCAAAAUAAUCAGCAGCACAGUUUCAAAUGAAAAUGACAGCAGCCAGCGUAGCAGACAUGGUAAUGUUCACAACAACCACACAUUGUCAGGGAGUGAUAGUAUGAGUCAGCACAGUGGACAUGGAAUUGAUCAGGACAGUGACAUAAUGUCAAAUGACCAACUGAACAACAUCGUGACAACAUUGCAGAGCAGCCUCGAUAACGAUUCCUGCUCUUCAUCCAGCUCGGAGACUGAGCUGAAGCAGGAGUAUAUAGAGGAGCUUGAAAGCAGUAUUUUAGAGGCUCUCUCCUUCACAGAGGAGGACAUGAAGGUGUGUGGCCUCUUGCAGCAGAGCUUUGUGCAACAGUUUUCUCUCUCUCCUUUCUGUGAUGCACAAGAAGAUGACAUCUCAGACAAAUAAUGUGACCUGACGUUCAAGUUUUUGCCUCGCUUUACAGGCCCUUAUUUAUAUAAUGUUGUAUGUGUGGCCUGGAGUUUAGAAAAGCAGGCUUGUGAUCAGUCUUUGGACCUGACCUGUGAAGAGACUGACCUCUGCCCACACCUUUCAUCACGGUAGCCAUGGCCUCGUGGACAUGUAUGCCAAGGCAGCUUUCUUUGGUUAAAAAAAAUAAUAAUCUAAUUAAAAAACUAAUUACUUUAGUUGUAAUGGAAGGAACUAUACAGUGACUUUUAUUGACCGGUAUAUGUGGUCGGGGCUGAUGCACAGCUUACAGUAUUCUGUAAUGGAUGUUUGUAAAGUCACAUUUCCACAAUGAUAGACAAGUAAGCUCGUUACUCUUGUUUUGUUUUUCUGCCUCGAGAACCA